UUUUUUUUUUUUUUUCAACUCAAGAAGGACACACAGACACUCCUUUUCUUCUUUCAUCGUAUACACACAAACCUCAAUCUUAACAAACUCAACUCUUUUUUCUUCUUCUCUCUCUCUCUCUCUCUCACACACACUCACACUUCUUGACUCGUCCCUUCGUAGAUCCACUUUCUCUCUCUCUCUGAAAAUGUGUGGGGUCUCUCUUCUGGCCUUUCUGCUGCUGCUAUCCCUCUGCGCCGAAGCUUCGGUUCACGAUUACAGAGGGGAGAAAUUCUCCGCCAAAGGCAACGCCUUCGUCGUUCAUGGAGGCAGCGAAGGAAUUUACGCUUCUGCCCCCAAUCUCACCGAUACCUCCUCCCCACCUUCAAAUCCAGGCUCUUACAUACGGUUUGAAAGAAUUACAUUUCGGAGAAACAAGGAGUUUUCGAACUUUAGUUCAUGGCCAAUUCAAGCUGUUGUUUUUGAAGUUGAAGAUAGAGAAAGAAUUGGUGGUUCGGCCUAUGGGGGUCAAAGGGCUGUCUGCUGCACGGGUGAUCUAGCUAAACUCGGUGUAUGUACCGAAGGGCAGGUCAUUUACCGCCCUACGGUGGAGAAUCCUGACUGGCCUCAAGUUUUUGGUGCCUCUUUUGAAAUGGAUGAUGAAGAGGCAGUGCUGCCAUUGAACACUAUACAAAUCACGAAAACUGGGAUGUAUAACUUGUAUUUCAUCCAUUGUGACACAAGGCUUAAAGAAUUGGUUGUGGAAGGGAAAACUGUGUGGAAAAAUCCCUCUGGUUAUUUGCCUGGUAGAAUGGCACCUAUGAAAGUUUUCUACCAAUUCAUGUCUUUUGCAUAUGUAUUGCUUGGGAUCUUUUGGUUCUCUCAAUAUGCUAGAUUUUGGAAGGAAAUAUUUCCCCUGCAGAACUGCAUCACCCUAGUGAUAACCCUAGGCAUGUUUGAGAUGGCACUGUGGUACUUUGACUAUGCUGAAUUCAGUGAGACUGGAAUCAGGCCAACUGGGACAACCAUAUGGGCAGUCACCUUUGGGACUGUUAAGCGGACAGUGGCACGUUUGGUCAUCUUAAUGGUUUCAAUGGGCUAUGGUGUUGUGAGACCUACCCUUGGUGGGUUAACAUCAAAGGUAGUUAUGCUUGGUGGAACCUUCUUUCUUGCAUCUGAAGUUCUUGAAUUGGUAGAAAAUGUUGGUGCCGUAAGUGAUCUUUCUGGAAAGGCAAAACUGUUCUUGGUUCUUCCUUCUGCAGUAUUGGAUGUGUUCUUCAUUCUUUGGAUUUUCACUUCACUCUCUGCAACUUUAACUAAGCUUCAGACCAGAAGGAUGAUGAUAAAAUUGGAUAUUUACCGGAAGUUUACUAAUGCUUUGGCAGCAGCUGUCAUCGUAUCUGUAGGCUGGAUAUGUUAUGAGCUUUAUUUCAAAUCAAAUGAUGUAUACAAUGAACAGUGGCAGAAUGCAUGGAUCAUCCCUGCCUUCUGGCAAGUUCUGUCUUACUCUCUCCUGUGUGUUAUCUGCAUUCUUUGGGCACCAUCUCAAAGUGCAACACGAUAUGCUUACCGUGAUGAUGGGAGCGAUGAGUUUGAUAGGGAUGAAACUACUUUAACGCUCAUAAAACCAUCACCUAUUUCUUCAAAAGAUUUUCCAAGUGUGCCAGAUGCUAGACCAGUGCAAAGCAGUAACGGGGAUUCAAAUGAUGAUUUAGAAGAAGACAAGAGAGAAUAAACUAGAAUGUAGCUCUGAUUCUAUGCUUCAAUUGUAUCCCUCCUGAAAAUUAGCCCCAUGACUCUUUUCCUUUUAUUCUUUAAUUUCCUUCAUUAGCCUUUACUCUCGAUGUUUUGUCAGCAAAUAGAUCCUUACGAGAUUGGAUUACAUGAUAGAGUGCUGUGUGUUCCUGUGAUGCCAAUGCACAAGAAUAUAAUUUAGUCACUUUUUACUUAUACAAAGGAAGUUUUCUUCAAUUA